AUGAGCUCGAGAUCGCGAAGUUUGGGAUUUCGCAAGAGAUUGUCUCCAAUAAGAGGUUAUCAGAUAUAUAAUUCGGAGAGAGGAUAUAUUGAUCUCCAGUACAAGUUCAAAUUUUUUAUUGUUACUAUUGUAUUUAUGAGGAAUUUCCAGAAGCCCAACUACCGCCGCGACUGUGAAGUUGACAAUUAUGGUCAUUUCGAGUGGAAGAAUGAAAGAGAUGCUAUACGCAAGGAUGGAUGGGAACUGGAAAAACUCGGGGAGAUCCUUGGAGAGGAUCUCAUGGAAAAAUUCCUGUUUGAAAUUCCAUGUCAAAGCCUAGGCUUCUACGCCGAUGCGGAUAAAGAUUUUGUCCUCGACGAAUCCAACGAUGCAGUUGUUCCUCCUCCUCGCCAGUCAACUCCUCCUCCCCCCAUCUCUCUUUCAGAACCCACUUCCGAGUCCCACAACGAUCCGAAUCUGAGCUCGAAGCCUGCCUCUACAUCUUUUGAUUACUGGGAUGAGGAAGAAUUCGAGGGGGUUCCUCAACAUUCAACCCCAGAAACUCCAGAAAUUACGAUAUCUGCCACUGGAUUUGAAUCUGAGUUGAGUUUUUACACAGUUGAUAAGGCAUGGUUUAGAGGACUUCCAACCGGAGUUCUUGAUUCUCUGACCCCAUAG